UUGAAAGUCUCAUCCUUGUUUUGUCAGAUGUAGAAUUUUAACAGAGUUGCAAUUGUUUAUGGAUGUCACAGAUUUUGUUUUAUUCCACACAGAUCCUCUACGCAAGCCUGUGGACCUAAAGUGUUGGGAUUAUGAUUUUAAUGAGAUGAUGUGUAACUGGUCCCUGGCUGUGGAAUAUCAUAAUCCGGGUGACAUAAACACCACAUGUGAAUAUUAUAAUGCCAGUAAUGAUGAAACCAGUGUGCAGUCUACAACUGGUAGCUUCUGGGAGCAGUGCCCUAACAUGGUUAACACUUCCUGUCGUUGGGAUCCUUUAUCAUAUCCAGCACCCAUAUCAACAAUAGAUGUAAGGGUCACUGUGAGGAACACCAGGCGAAAUGUUUCAGAAGUGAUAUAUCAAACAUUCAAUAAAUUUGAUAUAGUUGAACCAGGGCCUGUGACUGAACUGAAGGGGUAUUGGAAACCAUUGCAAAACCGAUGUGUAGAGCUUCAAUGGAAACCAUCAAGUCCAACCAGAUCUUACGUGUUUAUUGUGACCUACAGAUAAACUUGCUCUCCAGAA